AUGCAGGGAAAGAACUUCACAGGAGUGAAAGAGUUCAUCUUCUUGGGAUUCUCUAGCUUUGGGAAGCAUCAACUCACUCUCUUUAUGGUUUUCUUAAACAUUUACAUUUUAACUUUGGCUGGUAACAUCAUCAUCGUGACUAUAACCUGCAUUGACCGUCACCUCCACACUCCCAUGUACUUUUUUCUGAGCAUGCUGGCUAGUUCAGAGACUGUGUACACACUGGUUAUUGUGCCACGAAUGCUUUCCAGUCUCAUUUUUCAUAACCAGCCCAUCUCUUUGGCAGGUUGCGCAACUCAAAUGUUCUUUUUUGUCACCUUGGCCACCAACAAUUGCUUUCUGCUUACAGCAAUGGGCUAUGACCGCUUUGUGGCAAUUUGCAAGCCCCUGAGGUAUACAGUCAUCAUGAGUAAAGAAACGUGUGCCCAGUUGGUGUGUGGGUCCUUUGGCACUGGUCUGGUUAUGGCAGUUCUCCACGUGACAGCAAUGUUCAACUUGCCCUUCUGUGGCACAGUGGUGGACCACUUCUUCUGUGACAUUUACCCAGUCAUGAAGCUUUCUUGCACUGAUACCACGGUCAAUGAAAUAAUCAAUUAUGGUGUAAGUUCAUUUGUUAUUCUUGUGCCCAUAGGCCUGCUAUUCAUCUCCUAUGUCCUCAUCAUCUCCUCCAUUCUUAAAAUUGCCUCUGCUGAGGGCAGGAAGAAAACCUUUGCCACAUGUGCCUCCCACCUCACAGUGGUCAUCGUCCACUAUGGCUGUGCCUCCAUUUCCUAUCUCAAGCCCAAAUCAGAAAGCUCAAUAGAUAAGGACCUUCUUCUCUCUGUGACCUACACCAUCAUCACUCCCCUGCUGAACCCUGUUGUUUACAGCCUAAGAGUUUCCUUAAUUCUUGAUGAUUGA